AAUUUAUUUUCCGGUGCUCGUGUUUCUGUGGGUACUAAAGGGAGAGAGGAAGUGAAUAAUUUAAAUGUCUCAAACAGCGAAAAGAAACGGAAGGACACAACAGCGGGUGUUGCUUGAUACCAGAAGAGUCGUUUUUUUUGGACAACUUUGUGAUGUCAGUUGUCAGUCGUGCCUUUGUUUACUAACGCUUUAUAAACUAGGUGUAUGAAUUAAUAGCGUUGUUUUGUUUAUGUAAUAGAUUAAGCGGUUAUGGUGCUUUAUAGGAACGAAUCUUAUGUCAGUGUGAACAAAAGAAGAUCAACGGUGUCCGUCUAUUGGGAAGAAACCGGUUUAACUCCAUAAAGACGCGGUGUGGUUCUUUAUAUACAGUCAAGAUGGCAACAAUAAUAACAACAGCUAAAGGACUGAACACUGAAGAGACCGACACAUCAAACAGCGCUACAUUGUCUACAAUGGCAGCAUCUUUAGCUUUAAACAACAGGGUUUACUCUCUGGACGACCUCGAAACAGUGGCCACUGUCGGCACAGGGACGUUCGGGAGAGUUUUUCUGGUCAAGGACAAGAAGACGAGGAGUUUCUUUGCCCUGAAAGCCAUGAAGAUUCCAGACGUCAUCCGAUUAAAACAGGAGCAGCACGUUCAUAACGAGAAGGAGGUUCUGACGGAGGUGAACCAUCCCUUCCUCAUCCGGCUGUUUUGGACGCACCACGACGAGCGCUUCCUGUACAUGUUAUUGGACUAUGUGCCCGGCGGCGAGCUGUUCAGCUACCUGCGCAACCGUGGCCGCUUCAGCAACGGCACUGGACUCUUCUACUCAGCCGAAAUAGUGUGUGCCAUCGAGUACCUGCACUCCAAAGAGAUCGUCUACAGGGACCUGAAACCCGAGAACAUCCUGCUGGACACAGAAGGCCACAUCCGCCUCACCGACUUUGGCUUCGCCAAGAAACUUUCCGACCGGACGUGGACUCUGUGCGGCACUCCUGAGUAUUUAGCUCCAGAGGUGAUCCAGAGUAAAGGUCAUGGCCGGGCGGUGGACUGGUGGGCUCUGGGGGUUCUCAUAUUUGAAAUGCUGGCCGGGUACCCGCCGUUUUUCGACGACAAUCCUUUCGGCAUCUAUCAGAAGAUCCUGGCGGGAAAGCUGGAGUUUCCACGGCAUCUGGAUUUCUACGUAAAAGACCUCAUCAAGAAGUUUCUGGUGAUUGACCGAGCAAGAAGACUUGGGAAUAUGAAGAACGGAGCAGAAGACGUGAAAAAGCACAGGUGGUUUAAGACUGUAGACUGGGAUGCAGUGCCAAAUAGGAAACUAAAGCCCCCUAUAGUUCCUAAGGUAUCUCACGAAGGUGACACUUCCAACUUCGAAGCUUACCCAGAGGACGAGUGGAAAAAAGAGACUCCAGUGUCACCGAAAGACCUCGAGAUUUUCAAGAACUUUUGAAAUCGGAAAACAAGGGAACCAUGUUUUCCUCCGCUGGUGCAAAAGGACCAUUGCAAUCCUGGUGGCCAGUCUCGAUGUUCUCCUGUCGCAACUCGACUGACAGCACGCAGAGCGACAGGCCAUCGUUUUUACUAUCACCAUCAUCCUCAAGAUCCUCAAGUGUGGAGAGAAGGAACCGCUAUUUAUUUGCGCUUAUGUUUCUCUGAGCCUACUUGCAAAAAAAAAAAAAAACAAGAAAAAAAAGGCACCACUGUUUUUUUUUCAAAGGUGUCUAAGCCAAAAACAUGCUAGAAGCCAGUAGUUUGAUUCGGUUUACACGAACGCCUGUCACGCUAACUAGCUUUCAGACGUGUUUGUCGUCUGGUUGUGACGUCAUGCGACACGGAAAAGCCAGAGAACCAACAACAAAGUGUUUACACUCUAAAGGUUCUUCUAAUCUAGAUGUCAGAUCAUUGUCAUAUCAAUACACAUCGUUAUCAUAUUUAAAGCUUUUCAUCAUAUGAGUAACAAGACAAAAACAAUCUAUUCAAGUAGAGAUUCAUCGAUACCUCGGAUUUGUUUUGUAUUGGUUUUUUUUUUUUCCAGACCAAAUAUUAAGUCAUUCUAAAAAAAUGAGUAAUCAGUCAAUCAGGGAUGUCACUCAACCGUAAUAUUCAGCUUUAUUUCGUUUUCCUUGGGUUAGUAGUGUCCAGGAAAAGUGCACAAGUGCAUGUUCAUGAUCUUAGGCUACUAGGCUUGUUCUUUAUGAGUGAGUUCAUUUGUGCAAAUAUCUAGCUACAUUAGUUACCUUGGAUGAUGUAGGGUUGAGGUUGUUUCUUACAAGUACACUUUACUACAGCGGUAUGUAAAGAAGGUUUUUUUUUUAUGUUUUUGGCUGCGUCCAAAUCCCUCAUUGCCGAGGACCAAUAAGGGCUGAUUGUCAACAACAAUACACUGGAAAAAGAGCUGAUAUUCUCAAUCAGCUAUUGGGAGGAUUCUAGCUAGUGUCCCAAAUCACAUACCCAAAGCAGUUCUUAGGUUCACAAUCGAUAGCAUAUAACGAUGUAAAGACGUCUCGUACGGGAUGCACUUAUUUCCAGGGAUUUCAGAACAGCGUAACAGAUAUUGCGUCAUUGGGUAGGCGUGGCCUAUUUGAUAAUCUAACCCUAACCCUAACCAUAACCGUAGUUUUUGGUUGUUUAUUUGUUUUCUAAAAUAAAUCUACCUGUAUGACUGUUUUGUCCUUCGUAGGUAUGCUCUUUUUUUGAAAGAGGACGUUUUUCCAAGACCUCCGGAAACACGCCCACUUUACGUCGUGGUAACGAAACCCCUGGAAUUUAGUGAAUGCCCGUCCCGUAUACUAGAGUCUCAUGAGCCAUCUUGAAAAGGUUUUCGCAUCCGGCGUGUGUGCCCGCUAGCCCUGCCCUUCUUCUGCUACUAAGCAAAGCUGCGAGUUUUAAGUGUAAACCCGGUACUCAAACUAUUCUCUACUACACAAUGCCAUGUAAAAAUGUACAAGUAUGCGAUUUGGGACGCACCUCGAGUCCUACAAAUGAAUACACGGAAAACGUUAUAUAUUUUUUUUGUUGUCGUGGUGAUGUUUAUUAAAUUGUGGACCUUUCUAGAAAAUAUUCUAGAAACGUUUCAUUUAAUAAGAACAUUUUUUUGGAAAUAUGUCCAGAUCGCUGUCUACAAUGCAAACUAGGUUCAAACUUAGUAUCUCCUGAUACUGGAUGGUGGUAUUGGAGCUUUUUUUGGAGUAUCAGACUGAUCUUUGUAUUUGUAUCGAUGCAUCUCUAUCAUAAACUCUAACAAAUUUGGGUCAGAAUAUUGACGGUUUUGAUUAUUAAUAAAACAACAUGGUGCUUCUUGACUUUUUUAACUGGUAGCAUUAGUUUCCAUUGAGGUUUGAUGCAGACUCGGGUAGGAUGCUAUCCUCGUCGUCUCUGCGUGUAUGUAAUGAAACUUUUAGCACUUGCCUAAGGUGGCCUUAUGUUAGGAUGCAUAAAUUGAACAUCAGUUUCUUUUUCAAAAAAAAAAAAAAAAAAAAAAAGGUACUGGUGCGUUUGAACCCACUGGUGCAGUCGAAUCACUUGUGACUCUGGGAUAUAAAAUCUCUGUAUAGCCACGUGAGACUUAAGUGUGCUGUUAAAUUAGUAGCUUGUGUGUGUGUGUGUGUGUGUGUGUGUGUGUGUGUGUGUGUGUGUGUCUCCAAAUCAAGUUCUUCCUCUCCUAGUUCUUCUUUUACUUGACCAUGAACAAAAUUCCCACAUCUUCUACACGGGUUACACUAAUUGUUACACGUUAAGAAGAAGCUCAUAAAGGAGUCGGUUGUUCUUCUAGUCUGUAGUUAAAACACAAACCUGGUUCAGGAUUUCAUUAUUUAUAAUGCGCAGUAAAGAAGGCGUGUAGUACAAAACUCGUUCAACUCGUUAAUGCGCUCUGAAGCCACACUGUUAACGAUGAACGUAAAUACGUCAGUGCAAUAAACGUGUAAAAGACUAAAUCUGUGUGUUACAUAUUACAGUAUUUAAAAAGGUCCCGGUUUUUAAAAAAGGACAUCAUAGAAGUCUGAAACUGAGAGCUUGCGGCAUGGUGCGGAAAUUCGUUACAGGUUAACGACAGCUGGAGGAUGUGAUGUAUAUAACAACAUCCGGAGCAUCGUCUGAAUAUACGUCAUGUAAAUCUCUAACACUAGCUGAGUAGGUUGGUUAGUGAUUUAAAAAAAACCCUCUCUACUACAUGCCAAGUGAAAAAAAAAUCCUUAGUGUAGUUUUGUGUAUUUGUACAUUCAUCCAGCAUUUUCUUCACAGUAUGCCUCUUUUUUUUUUGUUUUUGUUUUUGUUUGAUUGUUUGUUUGUUUCUCCACAAACCCAACUAGUCAACAUUCACCUUGCGGCAGCUAGUUGGUAUACUAGUUAACUAGUCUGUGCAACCCGCUGUAAAUUACCACUCAAAAAUUUGGACAAAACCGUUUCCUAUUUCUAUUAUAUAAAUAUUUCUACGCCCUCUUUGGUAUCUUCCCUGUCAAGGAAUUGAAAAUAAGUUGUAGCUGCUUAUUUUAAGACACGUUCGAUUCGAGUAUAAACAUAUACAUGUGCUAACAAAUCUCAAAUCUCUAAGAAAAAAAAAAGAGCACUCAAUAGGACAAUGAGUGUGUGUGUAUUCUAAUGUUUGACUGGUAGCGUGUAGCCUGUAGAUUCAUCAUCAAACCGGAUGACAGUAAGGAGGAAAAUAUAUACAAAUCACAGAACAUGACAGCUGAAGUUUCCCUCAACACUUCAACUUAAUCCACCGCAUGAAGGUUCGACAUUCAUAACUAUGGCAACUCCCUAAAUAUUUUGCCCCACUGAACACUGAUUGUUGUUGAAAUGCUGUGUAUUUAAAAGUUAAAAAAGAGACUUAUUUAGGUUUCAUCAGUGCAGAAACAGGAAGCAGAACGAUGUACGUGUUAUUUUGCUGUUAUCUUUCCACACCUUCUCUCACAUCUUACAGUGUUGCUGUUGUUUUUUUUAUAAAACAUCCACCAUUAUCAGUUUUUUACCUCUCGAUGUCUUUAAACGUUUGCGAUGUUUAAGCUCUGUGAACUUAAAUAUUGCUUUAAAGAAAACAGGCAAUUUUUAUACUGAUUUUUAAUGAUGAUGUUUUUUUUCCUUGUCGUUUAUUUCCUUUUUUUUUCCCCUUCUUUAGCAGUGUAUGUAAAGUGGUGUAAGUGCAGUGUUACCUGCUGUUUACAAGAGCUGAAAAACAGAAAUGAAUAAACCUUUCAUGUGGAUUCUUUUGUGA